AUGGGGAAUUCAGAAAGCCAAUACAGUCUUCAGGGAUCAAAAAAUCAUGCUGCUGCUACAGCUGGUGCCAAGCAGAAGCCUUGCUCUCUGAAAAUUCGCAGUAUUCAUGCUAAAGAUGAAAAGUCUUGCUCUGUGCACGGAUGGGGACAUAUGAGUAGUGGCUCAAACUACAAAUCGAGGUCCCUUGCCAGAAGCUGCCUGUCACACUUCAAGAGCAGUCAGCCUUAUUCAUCUAGACUCGGUGAUACUGUGGUGAAGGUCUCUAAAGGUAGUGCCCAUGCCAAACACAGGACAAACGCCGUGGGGGACUACUGCCAAGGAAAUAAUGCCGUGUUUUUGCCUGAGAACGGUUUCCACUAUAUUGGCCUUCAAGCUGGAAGUAAUCAUGCUGCUUCUCGAGAAUGCAAUGGGCACAUUUUAAAUUGCUAUGGAAAGAAUGAGAGUCUUGCAUCAACCUCCCCAUCAGAGGACAGGAGGAGUCCAAAAGUUCUCAUUAAGACGCUGGGGAAGCUGGAUGGUUGUUUGAGGGUCGAGUUUCACAAUAGCAGCAAUAGCAAGGUACCGACCGAGUUGUCCAGUGGACCGGUCCAGUUGCUGAGAUACUCGCCUGCCUUGGAAUCUAAGCCAAAUAACCUGCUGGACGUCAGGAGAAACUCCAGCGCAGACUGUUCUUCAAGCCAUCGUCUGUCACCUACUGAUUCAAGGCUUCGAUCGAGUAAAGGAAGCUCCCUCAGCUCUGAGUCUUCAUGGUAUGACUCUCUCUGGGGAAAUGCUGGGGAUAUCAAUGAGUUGGAUGGUCCAUAUUUGACCAGGAGCACUCCAGAUACAAGCAUUCAUGCCAGUUUCCCAGCAAGUGACAACAAUAAGUCCUUCAACCAAAGUUCAUCUCUUUCCUCACUCCGAGAUCUCUAUAAGGAUACAAAUUUGGAAAGCACUCCUCCACCUGUGAUCAGACUGUCUGAUGAGUAUAUCGACACUCAUGGUAGCCUAAGCAAUCGUGUCUCAUUUGCCUCAGACAUCGAUGUUCCCUCCAGGGUAGAGCAAGGAAGCCCUGCACAUUACUCUUCCUACACACUCCCAUGCAGAAAGUCCAAGCCGCUCAGUGAGGAUGCAUCCAAGAAGGAUACGUUAAAAAACCGAAUGCGACGCAUCAGUGACUGGACAGGAAGUCUCUCAAGGAAGAAGAGGAAGCUGCAGGAGCCAAAGUGUAAAGAUGGGAGCGAAUACUUUGACAGCAGAAUGGACAACUUCACCACGGACACGCUGGCACCGUCGCAAUUUUCUGCUUUGCUCUGGUCACCUGGCUCCAGCCACGUCCUGUCCCAGAGAAGUGAGUCCACCAACGCCAUCAGCAGUGAUGCCCUGAGGCAGAACAUUUAUGAAAACUUCAUGCGGGAGCUGGAGAUGAGCAGGACAAACCUGGAGACCACCGAAACCUCGUCGGAAACGGAGGACUCCAGCGGGGAGUCCCUCAGCUCCUUGGAGCAGCUGGACCUGUUGUACGAGAAAGAGCAAGGAGUGGUGCGCAAGGCGGGGUGGCUGUUCUUCAAACCCCUGGUAACCCUGCAGAAGGAGAAGAAGCUGGAGCUGGUCACACGGCGGAAGUGGAAGCAGUACUGGGUCACACUCAAAG